AAAAAUGUGCAAGCGGUUUGAAGUAAACAGUUCGUCAUUCCCUUAGGUAGAGGAUGUUUCAUAUCGCGACUUUGGUCCUACUAACGUUGACGGUGAUCUGCGGAAUCGAUGGAAGGGUAUGGUUCUCAAGAGACGGAAUCUGCGUGGCGUCAGCGCCGUGCACCUGUGAUAACGCAGAGAUCCUGUGUAGUGGCCUCCAGCUACGUUCCAUUCCGACCUUCAUCCCGAGGGACGUCUCAAAUGAUUCCCUGGCUGGCUGGCCUAUGUCUGCAGCCUUUUUCCAGAUGUACUCCAACAAUAUUGAGGUCAUCGAUGACCGCGCCUUCUGCAACCUGACGUUUGCGUUGUCUUCCAAAGUGUUCAUGAUGCUGGCAUCCAACGCCAUCUCAUCAUUGGCAGACAACGCCUUCGACUGUAUUCAGAAUAACGUCCACUACCUUGAUCUUAAAAAUAAUCGACUGACUGCACUCCCAGUAGCGAUGCUGAAGCUAACGAAUUUGAAGGAACUGUUUCUUCAGAACAAUGCAUUAGUGCGGUUAAACCCGUUGGUAAUGAAGCAACUUGGGCCGACAUUGACCAAUUUGCAACUGGACUUGGGCCGUUUUUCAACAUGGCCAUCUGAAUUUAGCCAUUUGCGUGUGUUGUACUUUCUCGAAGCCAACAAUAUAACAUUCCCUAACAUCCCAGAAGAUGGGUUUUUCUGGGUUUUCUUCGUCACUUAACCGCCUCCAGUUCCACAACUCACGGCUGAAAUCCCUGCCUCGAAGUUUCUGUCGAAUUUCUCUCCUGCAAGACGCACGGUUGGAGGUUUUGGAACCAAUUGAUCUCAAGAACAUCUUACCGUGUGUGAGGAAAGUUCAGAUUACCGUCAAUGAGUCAAACGGUCUCCUGACGUAUUUCAUAGAGACUCGGAACUCGACAAAAUCUAACUGACCUUGUAUCACAACGUACGGGGUUAGCAAGAAGACGCAUAAAUCAUUAUGAGAGCGCGCAUUUACUUCACACAUAUGAAAAAUAUUCAGACCCGCGCGUUCUUCGAACCAACAUGUUUAUGUUAAUACAUACGGACUAUUACGCUAGUCAAUUGUUCCAAGAGUUUGUAUCACUCGAGUGGCUUGUGUGAUAACGUAUCACACGAGAGGCGGAGCCUCGAGUGUGAUGCGAAAUAGCACAAGCCUCGAGAGUGAUACAAACACUUGGAACAAUUGACUAGCGUAAUAUUCCUUUUAUUAUAUACAACAACUAACGAAAACAGUUAACAAAUGUAUUUUUUAAUUUAACAAAACUGACAAAAUAAUGACUAAUUUUAACGGUACGCCAUUGUUUAUUUAAGACGCGUAUGAAUACAGUUUAUGUAAAUUAACGUGUAAACAUUCGAACCUGGAAAACACAGGUUUCCGACACGCUUACUUUAAUGCCAUCGUUAUUCCAAUUUUUUAUAACAAUUAAGUUGACAACUUUAAUCCGAUGUUUAUAACAAAAACGUUUAAACGAUAUGCACUUUCACUUCUAUCUGCCAUGUCUUUAUCGAAACUUAGUUUAAACAACACUAUGUUAUUGUAUUCCUAUCGAAAUAUAUAUUUAUGCAUGAUAAACACACACUCCAAAAUACGUUUUAACACAUAGUUUACUGUUAAAAAACACCACGUCCGACAUGUCCUUACAUAAUUUAGAUAAAACUAUUGUGUUUUGUCACAGAAAUGACGUCACACGAUGUACUACCUACUAUAUUUCGUAAUAAAAAAUAUUUCUAUUUUC